CAGGUGAAGACCUCCACAGAGGCUGAGCUCUGCCCUCGCUCUUUGCAACCGUCUUCUGUCUCCUGCGCUCAGCGCAUCCAGCUGAUACACGUCCGCCCGGUGCCACAGUCGCGUCCACAGCAUCCACAGCCCGGUCUUCCUCUCCAGUGUGUGUGGCAGCCAGCGAUCACCCAUACCGAUGAGGAUCAACUGAUAGGGUUAAAAAGAAGUUCCUUUUUUUCUUAUUUUGUCAAGCGGAAAGAAUGUCGGAAAGGGCCGAGGAUGACGUCAGGGGGGAGCAGCGCCGAGCGGCCAGGCAGCAGCUGAAGCAGCAGCAGCUCCAGCGGGGAGAAGGCUCCACAGCAAUGGCGACGGUUGCGGAGCGGAGAUCCCUGCCUAGUCCAGAAAUAAUGCUGGGGCAGCCUUGGAGCAGCUGGGUCGACGCCACCAAACUCCACGGCAACGACGGUGCUGAAUCGGAGGAAAGUUUCAAAGACUUCGGGAAAAAUCGCGAAGCCAUGCGUCUGUGCAGAGAAGAUAUGCCCAUAUUCGGCCAGUGUCCUGCACAGGACGACUUCUACCUGGUGAUGUGCAGCCACUGUGGUCAAGUAGUCAAGCCCCAAGCCUUCCAAGCACACUACGAGAGAAGACAUAGUUCCGCCAGCAAGCCAGCCUCCACCUCGCCCUUCCCUGUGACAGCCAGGAACCGGAGCAGCAGUGGGCUUGGGCCUGGGCUGGGCUCGGGGUCUGUAGCUGGGGUGACGACUGGAGGCAUCCUUGGCCGACCCUCAACUGCUGGAUCCAGCUUGUCCUCCUCUUCGACUUCCUCCUCAACCUCUAAUCCCAAACUCCCCAAACCAGCCAAAGAGAAGCUGCCAGGCACUCAGCGAAGAACCCCCUUUCCACCCUUCAGAAUGGUCCCGCCAGACAAGACUCACCUCACCCCGGCUGUCAAGGUGGAGAAGAUGCACCUGAGGGUGGACUCGUCAGCUAAGCUGGUGCAGGCCCCACCUGCCCCCACCACCACCUCCUCAUCCUCCUCCACAUCCUCCUCUAGCACCACUGUGAGCUCCAACACUACCACCAUCCCCUCCUCCUCCUCAUCAUCAGCCCUUAAACCAGGCCUUAACUGUCCCUCCAUACCAAAGCCUCCGUCACUGACCGUGGGUCAGAUCCCAAACGGAAAGGGCCACCUCUCGGUCCUCUCAGACAAGAAGCAGGACAGCAGCAGUGCCAGUAGCAGACGCCACCCGGGCAAGAAAGUAAACGAACGUGAGUUCAAUGCAGAUAUCCACUGUGGCGUUGUGGAUAUAACAGCUCGGAAAACAUGCACAAGAUCUCUAACAUGCAAGACACAUUCCUUAAGCCAGCGAAGGGCGGUGCCAGGGCGGAGGAAGCGCUUUGACACAUUGUUGGCGGAGCACAAGAACAGAGCAAGGGACAGAGAAAUCCACCCCCCUCAUUCCCAGCAAAACCCCCCUCUCAGGGACCCACACCCCCCCUCCCACCUCGCCACUGCCCAUGACCUGCACCAGGUGGCUCAUGGCAACGGCCCUGCCCCAGACGCCACUAAGCCUUUGCCACUCUGCAAGCCCAAAUUUAACAGCCCUGGUCUUCCACGACUAAACAGCAGUCACGGAGUUGGCACCCCCGGAGACCCUGCGGUAGUCCACGACUCACCACACCAUCCCCAAACUACCCCCGAUGGGAUUUCCCGACCCUCGAGUGAUGAGGGCGAGAACGAGGAGCGGGAGGAAAACACUGACAAACUGGACUGUCAUUAUUCAGGUUAUCACCCUCGACCGGCAGCUUACUGUACCUUUGGAAGUCGACUGUGUGGAAGAGGCUUCUAUUCGUUUGACCGGCGAUGGGACAAAGCUCGAUGUGCAAUUACCACAAUGAUGGACAAGCAUGUGAACUCUCAGAUGUGGAAGAAAAUCCCAUUGGCCUUGGAGAACUCCUCCUCCGUUGCACCUACCCAUAGGACAAGCACAAAUUCCCAUGGUAGCACUCCCUCCUCAGGCUUCCUGGGCCCCCCUGCCACCUUGCCCCAGACUCCUUAUAGCCAAUCAUAUGAGGGCAAAUCUGUGCUCUCCUAUGGGACCACCUUAAACGCCCGUAGCUCCCCACAGGGUGGGGCUGAGCACCCGGCCUACGGCACUACGCAGGCCCGACAAGUGUCUUCGUUGCCGCAGAUGCCUUCAGCCCACUCGUCCUCAUCUUCUUCUUCAGUUUCUUCCCUAGCCUCAGGCCGGGCGCUCAAGUCCCGCUCCUCCAGCAGCAGCACUACCAAGUCGUCAUCGUCCUUCAGGCCCAAGGAGAUCUCUCCUGUCUCCUCCGCUUCUGUCGUCCCCAACGCCACUGGUGGGGGCAGCAGUGGAACUAACAGUAACAUAAGCAGCACUAGCAUCAGCGCUGGGAAGAAAAGGAAGAACAGUUCUCUCCUCUCUUCGUCCCAUUGCUCCUCCGAAUCCUCCUCCUCCAAUGCCAACUACUCUGCCUCCUCCUCUUUCAAGAAGAACUGUGCAAAUGUCAGCAGCUCAGGGAGCACCUACCACCACAGUUCAUUAGGCUCUUCAUCCUCAUCGUCAUUAUCCUCCUCCCACAGCGGAGUCCACAGCGUGGGGCUUAACUGUGGCCCCACUGUGCGGACCAACUCACUCAGCCUCAAGGCCGAGCCUCCUGGAGGUUCAGUAGGUGGCUCUUCGGGGCCCCCUGCACGAGGGCCUCCCUCGGGCAGCCCGGCAGAGUCCAUCAAGCGUAUGAGUGUGGUAAUGAACAGCAGUGACUCCACCCUUUCCCUGGGGCCCUUUGUCCACCACCAGUCCUCAUCUGACCACCACACCAGCUUCAGCCAUCACUCCUCAGACGGGCGCCUGGAGGGCAAGAAGCGCAAAAGCUCUCCUGUCUCCAGCAGCAUUAAUAGUGGAGGAGGGCUGGGAGUAGGAGGAGGGGGACCUGGACCUGGUAGACCCAAAGUGGCCAAGUCACCUGCCAUUAACAACAUCCAUGGGAAACAUGGUCGGAGCAUUCCAGGGACGCCAGGGCUGCCAAACAACUCACAUCUACAUCAGCCAAAGGCUCGUCCCUGACAGCGGUGCCUGGCUCCAGUGUAUGGACCCGGCACACAGACAGGGAAGAGUCCGGAGCGGUCGGCACGCUGCUCUGGACUGAACGAGGCCUUUUAAAGUCAAACCCACAUUACUCUCAGCUUCCCACAAUCCUCAGGGUGGAGAUGAUCUGGACUGCCCAGUGAAGUCAUGUGGUCCUUACUAAUUCUCCCAAAGCCAUGCGUGUUUGUAUGUGUGCGUGUGUGUGUCAGGCAUGGUUGCACUGUAUAAGGUUAGGAUAGCAGCAUGGUGCAAAAGGGGUCUAAUGAGCGAGCCAAGCGACCCCACCCCCCCCACCCCCUUCUCCAUGUGAGUGUUGUCCCAGUAUUCUGAGAGGUCUUCCUGUCUGGUUGGACAUAAGAGAAACGACAGCAGCAGCCAUGGGUCUCUUGAACGGGGCUGUAAAGCUCAUUGGUUCAGGUUAAGGGCUGGAGCAACAAGCUGUCAACAAUGCCGAGCAGCUGGGGUCGGGGGGGGGGGGGGCAAACCGGCCUCUUCCGCUAGGAUGUGUAUGAAUGUGCGUGAGUGUGUAGGAGUAUUUUUCUCAUGUCAGAUUCUGCUGGACUACUGGAAUAUCCAACUUAAUGACACCCCCAGCGCCUGAUCUCAGAAGCCUUUGGAACAAGAGCAGGAGGAGCAGCAAACUGUUACUUGCAACACCUUGAACAACACACAAUCACCUUGUUGUUUCACUAUCAUCAGUCGGACCCUCUCUGGCGGCGACACGUCGAGUAACCUCGGGGUAACACGCAGUAGCCUGAGACGAAACCUGUAAGGACGAUCUGGUCAAUUCUUUUUAUUAACCCAGAGUAAUUAUGCAAGUGUUACUUUUUUUAUGAUUUCUUAUGAGCUUUUUACACUGAACUACAAAGAGUCUUUGUAGACGUGAUGAAGACAGCUGUGCUUUCAAAUGUGAAAAGGAUGCCUGAUGUGCCCGAUCGAUUGAACCUUUUGUCAGAGACAGAGCGAGGUUGGUAUUGAGGACACCUGUUAAUUGUCUGAAUCUUUUCAUUGUGCAGAAUGAUAGCCACAGCAGACCUACCCCCAACUGUGAACAGCACUAAAUAACUGCUUUCUCCACAGGCACUGCUUAGUUGUCCACAAGGCUCGCCAAAAGCUGCUACCAGCUUUGCCAACUACUUUAUUACAAAAAGGUCGGCCAGGCUUGCUCAUGAAGUGCGGUGAUGGUGCAUAGCCAGCUUACCUACUCUUUUUUUUUUUUUUUUUUAACCCAAACAGCCGUGUAACAUCCACAGCUGCUGUCGGCAAGAUGUGAAUUGUAACGUUUUCUUAUUUUCCCCAUAUAGGGAAUCAGGUAUGGUACAUCUUAACUGGAACAAACUUAAUGCACAUCACUUGUCUUCUGUGGGUACGAUUGUCCCUCCUGUGUAACCACUACCCUAAACUCUGGAUGUUAAAAGGUUUCGACGCCUCGCCGCGAAAACUACGUCAGCGUGAUCUGAGAAGAGAUUAGUCCCAGUGGAACAGAAAGGCGGGCGUUAUACUCUAUUCCUUUUGUCAAAACGGAGUCUUGAGGCAAUACCUGCCUGAUUCCACGUUUGGGAUGUUUUCUUAUUUUCGCAUGGUCUCCAGUUGGUUUUAAGGUGCGAGAUUCAUGGAGAUGGCUUCACAGGAUAUAUUAUUUCAACUUUUGGCAUCACUCGUUUUUAUGGAAGCUCCACUGAUGUCAAGAUAGUGUGGAAAAGUAGAGACCAUUUUCUUUAUAUCUUAAUUUAGAUUAUUUUUUCCUCGUAGCCUCUGUAUCAAACAAGUAUUGAAGUAUCCCUAUUUGAGAAUACAUAUUUUGUUAACAAAUUGUAAAUAGUGAAAUAUGUAUUUUUGCACAGGCAUUUUUCGUACACGCAAAAUUUUUGGUACAAUUUAAAACAAUAGAAAAAAAGAGAAAGUUGUUAUUUAUUUAGGAAGAAAAACCAGAGGAGAAGACGGAGGACUAUUUGAAGUGGUUCACUGCCAAGUCUAUAUAAUGCAAUACGCCUAUAUGUAGAAGCUGAAGCAUCUCAUGAAUCCUGUACUGAGAUCCUUUAAGGAACAGCGGUGAAGUGUCGCCACUGUAGCAUGUGUCUGUAUGACAGAGGAAACCUUUAUUCACUUUUCAAGGUCUCAAUCACAUGUGCUUUUACAAGACAUUUUACGUUGCCUAUGAAUCAACAAGGGAAAAAAAACAAUUUGCUCUGUGACCCAGUUCGCCUGUGAUUUUCAAAUGUCCUGCAGGCUUGAAUCUGUGCCCGUCAGCUGACUAGUUUCCAUGUACUCUAGACACUUUGUAGACCAUGAUUGAAACACUUGUGUUGUUUUUAUAAAGGCUGAAGGGACUUUCAGCCGUCACUGCAAGGAGGAGGACAGUCCAGCUGCUCACAUCAUUGUUGCCAAACAAGUAAUUUGAAUCACAGCUUUUAAACAAAACAUCAAAUUUAAGAAAAGUGCCUGAAUUUGUUUCACCAAGUCUGUUUGAGGACAGUAUUCUUUGGGUUGUUUUACCUUACUUGAAUGUUGGAAGUGUUUAGGAGUUUGCUUUUAAAUCUGCCUAAGAACCCUAAAUGUGGUAAAACCUGAGCUUAUCAGCUGCCCAGUACAAAACACUGAGUGUUUUUUGUUUUUAAUCAAAGUUUUCCAGACGCGACGUUGAGGUUUUCAGUUUGCCUCAGUGUGUGGCUCCAAUCCCCCGUUUACUGGGAUUUGUACACGAGAACCUUCAAUCAAGUGUUUUGUUUACCCUCCAUCUCCACUGACAUCUUGACCGUUGUUUCCUGUACAUGGAAACGUUUGCAAGGAUGUUUUAUUUUUAUCAGCACCAUAGACUUGGAAUGUGACAGUGAGACUACAGCUCGUGUCUGGGAGGAAAAAUAUAAAGCCACCAUUCAUACGAUGUAAAAGUGUGUAUAGAUUUUUUUUUUUUUAUAUACAUUAUCAGAAUCAUAUUCAGCUGGACUUGUAUUGGCUGCUAUGUAAUUCAUGAACAAAACAUAGGUUAGAAUUAAUAUUUAAAGAAAAAAGAUUGUAUAGUAUAUUUGUUUUGUAACAAGUUUCUGUAAAUAAAAUAAUUUAUACUGCUAUUUAUAUGAAA